GAGAUAGAAGGUUUGUUUCAUUGCUUCGUAUUAUCUCAUCGUCGCUGUCGUCGUUCGAAACGUCAUUGCCAUUGUGAACUGUGUUGCUUAUUACAUUCUUCCUUAAAGACAUUUCUCAAAUAAAUAAAAACUUCGACCUUCUACACGUGUUAUUUUUUCUAAAGAAAGAAAAAAGUUUCGAAGGUCGGCGGUCCGACGCGCGACGAUUACGCGAUCUCGCGGCCGAUUUUCGUGCCAUGCGUGGCAAGAAGAGCCACAAGAAAGCAUUAUUUCUUACAAGAACUAUCUUUUUUUAACUCUUUUUGUUUGUCAUUACUUGCCUAAACAAGAUAAGACAGUCUUACCGUUACAUUAUCCAUUUCCUUGAAUUGAAGAAACAACAACUGCUCGGAGAAAUUAGGAAGCGGUGGAAAAUCUUCGACGAUUCUUAAAUGGAAAUGCAUACCGAAGAUCGAUCCGAAUUUAUUCACCAAUGACACAUUUGCCGGUGAUGAGGUGACGAUCGAUUCGGUGACAAGUUUCGACCCAAAUCGAUCGAGGAUGGCUAAAAGUACUGAAAGAUUACCUGGUACUUCUUCCAGAUUAAGAACUAGAGACGACGGAUGCUGUUCGGUCAAUUUUCUUAAAUAUGUUUUACAUAUUUACAAUGUCGUCUUAUUUUUAUCCGGAUUUGUGGUGGGCGGUAUUGGCAUUUGGACGGUCGUCUCGAAGCACAGUUACAUAUCUCUCAUGACAACGUCGACAUAUCCAAGUCUCGCUUAUGCCCUCAUUGUCGCAGGUAUUUUGGCUGUUGUUGGAAGCUGGUUAGGAUGUGGUGGGGUUACCACAGAAAACAGAUGCGUUCUUCUAAUUUAUGUUUUCAUCGUGAUGGCAGUCCUCGUAUUAGAGGCAGGAGUAGGCGCAUUGGCACGUCUCUACGAAGAACAAGUAGGUCCAGAAUUGAAGAUGAAUCUCAAUCGAACCUUCCUUGAGAAUUAUUCUAUAAGAUCGAGAGAAACUACUGCAAUCGAUCAAAUGCAAAAAGAAUUUAAAUGUUGCGGUGCUCUUCGGUUUGAGGAUUGGUUGGUCAGUGAAUGGCACAAGGACGAGGAAGUUCUUAAAAAUGGAAGCCUCGUGCCUGAUAGUUGUUGCAAAACACCGACAGUACUUUGCGGGAGGAGAGAUCAUCCGUCUAACAUUCAAUAUACGGGAUGCAUUUACAAGUUUCUUGAGACGACCAAGGAUCAUCUGAUCAUUCUUGGUGCCGUCGGUCUUGGUCUAUCCGUCCUUGAACUUUUUGGUAUAGUUCUUGGUUCAUGCCUCUAUAUCAAACUCAGACACGAUUUCGAUGAUUGACAAUGACAUUUUUCACGAAAACAACAAUUCUGACGACUAAGAGAAAUGACAAAAAAAAAAAGAAUUAAAAAAAAAAAUAACACAUACACGAAAAUUGAUCUUCGAUCAUCGAUCCUUUCUGCUCAAAUUUGUUAGCAAUUUCACUUAGAAUUUAAAACAGUUUUGUACGACCAAUAUGAUAGUUGAAUAGAAAAAGAGAUAGAAAAAAAGAUAGAGAUAGAGAUAGAAAAAAAGAAAAAAGUUUGUUUAUUUUUGUUUAU